AUGGGCUUCGCCGACCUUCUCACUGAUGCUGGUGCUGCCAUGCUGAACAGCUGGCUCACCACCCGCUCCUACAUCGUCGGCCACACUCCUUCUCAGGCCGAUGUUGUCACCUUCAAGGCCCUCCAGUCUGCUCCCGAUGCGGAGAAGUACCCCCACGCCGCCAGAUGGUACAAGCACAUCUCUACCUACGAGAGUGACUUCGCCACCCUCCCCGGCGAUGCCUCCAAGUCUUACUCUGUCUACGGCCCUGAGGCCAGCGAGCUCCCCGUGAACCCUGCCAAGGCCCCUGCUGCCGAGGAGGAUGACGAGGACGUCGACCUGUUCGGUUCUGACGACGAGGAGGAGGACGCCGAGGCUGCUCGCAUUCGUGAGGAGCGCCUUGCUGAGUACAAGAAGAAGAAGGAGAACAAGCCCAAGGUCGCUGCCAAGUCGGUCGUCACCAUGGAUGUUAAGCCUUGGGAUGAUGAGACCCCCAUGGACCACCUCGAGGCUGGUGUCCGCGGCAUCGAACACGACGGUCUUGUCUGGGGUGCUUCCAAGCUGGUGCCUGUUGGUUUCGGCAUCAAGAAGCUCCAGAUCAACCUCGUUGUUGAGGACGAGAAGAUCAGCUUGUCUGACCUCGAGGAGCAGAUUUCAUCUGAGCUCGAGGAGUGGGUGCAAUCCGUCGAUAUCGCUGCCAUGCAGAAGCUGUAA